CGCAGGUACCCGUGCAGUAAGCCCGUACGUGGCAGUCUGAGAGCAGCACAGAGUAGCCGAGCUUGUUGCGGCUCCUCUCCUGCAACAGUCCACUCACACAAACUGGAUAUACAGUAGCGAGGAAAUUUUUUAUACCGUCAGAUUUAUUUUUACGCUUUCCACACAACCACUGAAACAUGUUUACCUUGUCGGAGCUAGUUGUCUUGCUGGCCGUCCUGUCUGCCACUGCUUCUGGCUACUUCGUUAGCAUAGACGCCCAUGCCGAGGAGUGCUUCUACGAGCGGGUCAACUCCGGCACCAAGAUGGGCCUCAUGUUUGAAGUGGCCGAAGGAGGCUUCCUGGACAUCGACGUCGAGAUAACAGGACCUGACGGUAAGCAAAUUUACAAAGGGGACAGAGAGUCCAGUGGGAAAUACUCUGUGGCAGCGCACAUGGAUGGAACCUACAAGUUCUGCUUCAGCAACAAGAUGUCAACCAUGACACCCAAGAUUGUCAUGUUCACCAUUGAUAUCGGAGAGGCUCCCAAAGGCCAGGAUAUGGAGACAGAAGGUGGUGACAGCUGGGAUGCCCACCAAAACAAGCUGGAGGAGAUGAUCAACGAGCUGGCAGUUGCCAUGACAGCCGUGAAGCACGAGCAGGAGUACAUGGAGGUCCGUGAGAGGAUACACAGAGCAAUCAAUGACAACACAAACAGCAGAGUGGUCCUGUGGUCAUUCUUUGAAGCUCUGGUUCUGGUGGCAAUGACACUCGGACAGAUUUACUACCUGAAGCGAUUUUUCGAAGUGCGGCGAGUGGUGUAGUGCUAUUCAAAUGAUACUCCUCUGUGUCCUCCACUGUACUUUUUUGUUUUGUUUUGUUUUUCCCCUCCAACACCAAGACAGUUAUUUACGCUGUGGAAAUGAGAGUGGCAGUUUUGAGUAAAGCCUACAUGUGAUUGGAUCUCAGAGGUUUUGUUCUCUUGUUACCUGUUUGGUUUCUUCUUUAUAAAUAUAAUUUAUGUUUGGAACGAAUGGCCAAAAGAUUGUGGGAUAAAUUUCAGUUUAUUAGUUUUUCUUUUUAACAGAUCUGUUUAAUUACAGUUAGUACAGUUGUUUCCUGUGCAAAUGACUGUAAGGCUCAGUGUCCGCAGUCAAAUGAAAGACUUAAAAUUGCACAUGAAUGGACAGGUAUGUGUGACGUCAGAGAGGAAUGUUGCCUCUUUUAAGUUUGAAAUGGGAACCGUUUUGAAAUGAUAAAAAUGGCACAUCUGAAAACAUCAUUGCAUUAGUUUAGUGUCUGAGAUAGGAAAAGUUUGAUUUCAGGUGUCAAAGCCAAGUCAGACUGGCAGAUACUGCCAAUGUGUUAAUUCUCAAAAACCACAAAUUGCACUCCCGAUGAACUUGUCUAGCUAUCUGAAAAAAUUUACAUUGCAGCUGGUCUUUAAGGGAAACUAUACAGCUUCUAACACUGUCUAUUGAUUCAUAGCGAUUUGUGGCACAGGUGGGUGGACAUCUUUUCCAGGGGAAAUUGUGUGGCUCACUCCCCACAUAGUUCAGAAAUAGAAUUCAACAGGGAAGUCUUUUGUUUGCCAUAAACUAACAUUUAUGAUUUUCAAACUCUUGGAUUUUAAAAAGUUUGGCCUGGCUGUAAGAUCAUAAAAAGCAGAGGCAGGGUUGAAUUUUAACUGAACUAUUUGGGGUGCCUCUCAAAGUAUAGAGGAAUACUGAAAUCCAUGUUACAUGUUGAUUUGGGUGGGCUGGGUAGGUAGGGGUUUAAACACUUGACUGCUGUGUUCUUUAGUUGCUUCUAUAGUUAUUUUUGUUAGGGUUGGGGAUUUUAAAUUAUAUGUAUAAAAUUUGAACUGUUAAUUUUUCCCCCCCUCUUGAGCAUUGCUUGUGACAGCUGUUUGGAUGAGGUCUUUCUUCCAAGUAUAUACGUCCAAGGCAGUAGAUGUUUCCAUUUAGCCACACCAUAAAUGGUGCAUGCACCAGAUAUGCUCCAGAUUUGUAUUUCAAAGAAUUUAUGGUGAGCUCAGGCAGGAAAGUUGCUCUGUACACAAUCUCUCCCUUUUGCAACGAAAUCAGCUAAAUGGAUCUUUACAAAUGUAGAAGUGUGGUCUGUAAAAAAAAAAAAAAAAAUGCCCCAGGUUUCAUAAUAAAGCCAAAAUUCUAUACAAUUA